AUGGUUGGGUAUAAGGCGAAGAAGCAAGUUGGAUUAUGUCCAUUAUUCAAGCCGUAUUUAGAAGCUAUACAUAAGGACUUAGAAAGCAAGUUACAACAAGAGUUAAAGAAAGUGGAAGCAGAAAGGGCACACCAAGAACUGCAGCAUAGAGUAAUGCAGGAGAAACAGAAACAGCAGAGCAACAAAGUAUCUGAAGAAGAACAAGUUCAAAGAAUAAAAGAUGCACUCAACGCGCAAACUUACGAUCAGUUCCUGCAAUAUGCCCAACAACAAUUCCCCGGGAAUUUCGACCAACAAGCCAUUCUGAUUCGCCAACUACAAGACCAACAUUACCAACAGUACAUCCAACAGUUGGCUGUAGACCAACGAUUGGCAAAUUGCAACAUUAACGAUACGGAAGAAGAAAACCAGAGUAAAGAGGACAAGGACAAUCACCUUAAGGAUUGUAAUUUGAAUGAAACUAAUGUUACUAACGUGGAUACCAAGUCUUUACAGACUUUCGAUAAAGGUGAAACCGCUGAAUACUCUGAGGAAAUGAGGCCGGAUGAGGAAUCGGAAAAUGAGGAUGGGUUUUCGAGCGUGGACGAAGCAUCUAUGUGGACGUCUGGUGAUAUCAACAAGUUCAAGGAGUCUGCUGGCGCCGGUGGAGGGAAGCUCACUGUAGGGCAUGGAGAAACAGUCACCGUGCGUGUGCCUACGCACCCGCGCGCCACUAAACUUUGCUGGGAGUUUGCUACCGACAGCUAUGACAUUGGUUUCGGCGUGUACUUCGAGUGGAGCAAGUCUCCAACGACGGAAGUGACAAUUCAUGUGUCAGACAGUGACGAAGAGGAUGAUAUUGAAGAAGAAAGCUUUCCUGAUGAUGAGGUGAUAGGCGCGGAUGGUGUACUCCGCUCCGACCUGGAGCAGGGCAGUGAAAAACGCACGCUCACUGGGCAUAAGCCGCCUGUCAGUCUUGUCGUCCCGAUCUACCGCCGCGACUGCCACACUGAGGUAUAUGCUGGAUCACACACGUACCCCGGCGAAGGUGUAUAUUUACUUAAAUUUGACAACACGUACAGUCUAUGGCGUUCCAAGACAUUAUACUACAAGGUUUACUACACCCAGUAAAAAAGGAUAAAAUAUAGUUAUUUACUAUUAAUAACCAUGACAUUUAAUACUGGAAUUGCUAUAUUUAUCAGGCAAAGGGCAUUUUUCAUUUCACGCGGAUUUUGGUGGUAACCUUCAAAAAGGUUAUAUGGUACCAUGGCAAAUAGGAUAUAUCUUGAUAGGAAAAAUGUGAAAACUAAAAAAAGGGUUUGCAAUCAAAUUAUGUAUAGUGCGCUACAUAUAGUAGAGCUUACGCCCUCGUUGCCAAAAGCAUCUUGCGUCUAUAUAGCACAUGUUACAUCUCUAUUAUAUUCGCGUGCCAAUUAAAACCCGCGUGACAGAAAACAGGCUCUAGUACAAUGCUUGAGCGUUUUGGAGUUAAAUUUGGACCCUUGUAAUGUUGCGUAUUUUUGAUGUCUUCACUGUGUCAGAACUCUGUACUAGUGCCUUCAUUUCAGGGUCUAAAAAUAACUUUUUUGGGCUGACCGACGAAUUAUUGUCAUCUGUCUGUCAUGCCACAUUACAGUAUUUUCUAAAGUCCAAGCUUCGAAUUACCUUAAUAUGUUAAAAAACGGGCGACUUUAAUUAUAUCGAUAAGAGGUCCCGCUAUAACGUUACUUCAAAGGACGAUGACCGAUGCAAUAUGGAGGCAUGCCCUAAUCUUAAUCUGGCAUGUCCAUAAGCUACACAUGGCGCAUUAUAAAGCACACAGGACCUAGAUUAUGAAUCGGUUCCUCGGUUUUCAUUUAUUUAAUAAAAAACUACUUUUUCUAACCUAUAACUGUCAAAUAAAAGUCAAAAGUUAUAGAAUUACUUUCCAUGUAGUAGUAGUAUAUUGAGAAAUAAUAUCCAGUUGUGCUUCAGUAGGGAAGCUUUCCCGUCUAGUUGUAAUCUCCCAAAAAAAAAAUCCUUUAAAAUAAGGUAUAUUACAUCACAAACAUCUGGCAACACUGAGCAGUCUCUCACCUUGGAAAUGAAACAUAAUUUUUUUUUCAUUCAAAAUAAACUACAGCUUUGAUGAGUUCUAGACUAUUAUCAAAAAUGUAGUUUUAAUGAAUGCAGGAUGAUUAAAAAUAUAAAUUUGCUGAACAUGCUAAGCAAGAUGAGGGCAGUAAUGGUCAUCAUCGUUUAAACCAUAUUUUUAAACUGUUGAGAUACUUAAAAGUUGAAUUGAUAAGGUAAGUACGGUUAGGAUGCCCGCAUACUGGGAAGUACAUGAUCUCAACAAAAACAUCCGAUCAGUCACGCGUUCUAGAGACAAGGUGUCCUUAAUAUUUAGAGACACACUGUGUCUCUAGUACGCAGCCGCCUUUUUAACAACUAUUUUUUUCUUAAUUUAUUAAAAAAUGUAUUAAAAAAAAGCAAAAUAUUUAGAGACACACUGUGUCUCUAGGGCUUGUGACGGAAUAUUAAAUGUCACUGAGUAGUGACAUCUUAACUGAUUAAUAAGUACCUAGGAAUCAAAAUAAAUUCCUUGCUACUGCCUAAUCGUUGAAGUUGUCGAUCAGUAUUAACCGACAACAUAUUUAUAUCAAAGUUUAGUGGCCGCUAUUAUGGAAAUAAUAAUAAUAACUUUCACUUGCUCUACCGAAUUUAUGAUAUCAAAUUAUAAUUAUAAUAAAAUAGUAAUACAAUUUUCGAAAUCCGUAGAACAUCGAAGCCUGGAUUUUAGUAUAAUUAUUAUACUGAGUAAUAAUUUAAUAUCAUAUUAUAUAAAGACUAUUUGAAAUACUGCAUUUUACGGAUAACUUAUUUUUACAUAUGCAGGAACUGCACCUUCUAAGUCAUUUCGGUAAUAUUAUUAAUUUAUAUUCAAAGUAUUGUGAACGCAGACUUAUGUUCCAUAUUUAAAAUGAAUUUUCCUUAGUGUACAGAAAAAUUGUGACCCGCCGAUGGUCGGCCAGGGGCAUGAAUGUGCCAGAAUAACCGCACGUCGUUUGUAUUGUUGUGUAAUAACUGUCGCUAACUUUAAUCGUGGCAAAUAAAUUAGUUUUUAUGAAUUACUCUUAUAUACUAAAGUCAUAUUACUAUCAAAGUUUUCUUGUCCUUAAACAAUUGCACCUUUAAACCAAGCUUUUCAAAGUUUUAUGGAUAUUUAUUUAUAAUAACGUUAAUGGCAUUUAGUUGUGAUCAGAAAAAUAAAACUGUAGUGGCCAAUGUUUAAUAGAAAUUGUUAUGACCACAAUUUUUUUUUUAAAGUUAUGGUCUCUAGAAAUAUUUGCGCCAUCAGUCGACGCCAUUUAGGCGAAAGGUCUUCUAUUUGUCGAAAUGUAUAGAUAGAUAUUCACACACGUUUUUCAAUGCUUAUUUUGUUUAUGGGUAUUAUAACUAUGAUCAUAGAUAUAUCCAUAAAGAACUUUAUAUGUGAACGCUAUAAAGACCAGUUAGGAAAAUUAGUAGCAAAAAUAAGUAGCACAGGCGCUACAUAGCGCGGAUGGUCAUCAUCGGCGUGAUGUAACCAAAUUAGAUAUUGUACCAUUUAUUACGGGAAAUUAAUAUAUUUUUUUAAACACCCGUGCAAUAAGUAACUAAUUUAUUUAGAAACUAUUUUAUUUCUUAUAUUAAGAAAAGGCAUAUUAUGCUAUGAAAUUUCGGUUAUAAAAAGAACCCUGUGACAACAUUGACCGCACCGUAAUACUUAUACCGCUAUACAGCUGACUUUUUAAUCACCAACCAAUUUUUUUCUACGAUUGCAUGUCAUUAGAAGAAAAGUAAAUACAGUCUGAAAAGAGUAAUUAUAGGUUAAACUUGUACAAUAAAAUAAUUUUCGACUUCAUUUCAGUGAACGUCCGCGAUUUGUUGUGAUGUGUCAUUACCCAUUGUAUUAAGGGUGAAAGUUUUAAUAGAAUCCGGAGACUACACUACGAUGCAGAAAAUAUUCCUCACACCCAAACCAUUAGUUGCUAGUCAAAGGCUAUUAAAUCAUGGCCAAUUGGCGACACCUUCUUACGCUGAAGGUUGUAGUAAGCUGUGACUGCCAGUGGGGAUCGAACAAAUCUUAUUUUUAAGGAGCACUUACAGAGAGAGGUGCGAGAUGCGAGAUGCAGCAUGACGCUUCGACGUAAGACAAUAUGCAGUAUCAAAUAAUUCGAUUAAUAACGGGAAUAUUCUAGGAGAACUACACAAGCCUUGUUCAAUUUAAGAAUCCUAAGCCUAUCAAAGUAAUAAGGGCGCAGGUGCUGGCGAUCCGGAAUGUUUAGUCGUAUGCACGCGUUUGUCAACUAACGUACACUUUUUUAGAUAACUUAGUAGUGCAUCUUAAUAUUUUUAUUACUCUUCACCAUAGAUGUAAAAUAUUAAAAUUUAGUUGUGAUUAUUUAGUAUUUGGCACUAUUAAACUGUUACGUACAAGAUCUAAGCAUAUAGCCAAAUAUUGACCUAGUAACAUACUAUUGCAAUAUGAAGAAGGUCGCCUUCUGAUACGAUAUUUGAUCUGCAAAAGAGGCGCGCGCAUGGCGCGACUGUGCGCUGCUGCUGCGCUUCUAAAUAUUGUAUGAAAAUUAGUAGUUGCGCGGCUCCAGCGCCACUGCAGCGCUUCUAUAUACUUUUGACUGGACUUCACAGUCAUAAGCCGUAUGCGUCAUCUGGUGAGCACAAAACUAGAGCCCGUUAUUAUAGUGUUGAGUGCACUCAAAAUUUCAGUAUGAUAAUUAUUUUUCUGAUCAACUAUUUUUGUAACUGGUAGUCACUUACUACGUGCUAGUAUUAGUAGCAUUUACGUCUAGAGUAGUAAUUACGUAUGUGUUGUAGUAUGAAAUCAUUUCAAUGCGUAUCGGCAUCACACCCUUUUUAAAUCAAUAUGCUAUUAAUUAAAACUCGCCAAAUCAAAAGAAAUUAGUCCUUAGCGCUCCGUAUUAUUAAUAAUAGUACGCACAGUCAACAUCAAAAUAAUCUGACCAGUGAAAUAAAUAAAAAAAUAUAUACAUCCAAAAUGAUUAACUAGGUAUAGUUUCUGGGCAUUUUACAAAUUAUGACUUAGUCAUAGAAUUAAGGAACCCUUACGUGUUUAUAUUAUUGCACAAAGAUUGAACAGAUAAACAUCGAAGGAAUUUUUCUUGAAAAGUGCUUUAAUGAAAAAUCAAUGCGUAUUGAGUUAAUCGACAUUAAAUAAAUUUUUGUUAAAUGUGCAGAUGUUUUGUGUACUCUGAAUGUAUAGCUUAAAUUUACCAUUUAAUGUUAGGUGUUUUAGAUUACUUUCACGGUUUAUUCAAGCUAAUAAUUUACAAGGCCGCGCUAUAUGCGAAAUUUUUAAGAACGAAUUUCUUCUGAAAAUAACAGUUGAUAUCAAAUGCCAACUUCGUGGCCUAUAAGUGUGCUGUCAGUUUAUACACCUUUUAUCAAACCACGCGCACAAAUUGUGAUGUUGACUAUGAACCAUUGCGGCAAUAAAGUAGUAUUGAUUCAUGAUAAUUACCACCAAAGCUAAUCCAACGUUUGCUUUCGCAGUAACUUUAUAUGAAUUUUCUAGGGCACACAUUGAGAUUUGAUAACUGUUCAACCAAUUCAAUAAAGUACGUUAGCCAUUAGAUGACCCUAACAUUUAGUCAAAAGGCGUGUUUUCAUUGGUAAGCGAAGCGUCCUCGAUAAGAUUGAUUUUUGAAUGUUUGUAUUCAUAGAUAUUUUAAAUGAGAAUUUCUAUGAAUUAAUUUUAAAGACCGGCUUCACUUGCAUAACCCUGCAACUUGCUGAUGGAAACAUGUAAUAAUUAUUACUUCUCUGUGUUCGAUGUAUACAUCUUAAUAAGUAUGGUAUUUAAAAGCCAGUUUUAGGAAAAGUAUGAAAGUUUUCCAUUGUUAAUUGGAGAAUAGUAUUGUAAUGUUUAACCUGUAAACUUUUCGGCUUACUUUUAUUCUUAAUCCACUUACCGAUUAUUAAGGUAGUCAAAUGUUAUUUUAAUGUAACUGAUUUUAUCGUCAAAAUGUUCUAUCUGUGUUAUUCACCUAAGUGUAUUGUUUCUAGAAGGAAUUUUAUGAUAUUGUGGAGUAAAAUAAAUAUGUAUGUAUAAACCGAGUUCUUUUUAACCGACUUUGAAUUCGACUCAUUCUCAAUUCGACUGCUUUUUUUUUGUAUGUAUGUUACGUGAU